UUCUAAUCUACUUCUAUGAGCUCAGCUCAACAUGAAGACGCUAAUGGGCUCAAGCGUGGGGGGAAAAAACACACAAUAUUUCCUGUCAUCUCUCAGCACAUUUGGCCUGAAGUGAAGAGUAUUUGUUCAAAACUCUGUUGGCACCAUAAUGGAUUUCCUCACUGAAGGCCUGUGACGUUUUCUAGAGCCAUGGAGCUGCCGGUAGACAGCUUAAAAGUCCGUUACAAAGAAGAAGACGGAGCGGUUUUGUUUGAGAGCUACAUACCCCCCUCGAGGGACGCCAUCCACCUGCCGACCUAUGUGCUCUAUCUGCUCAUGGCCAUUUUCAUCGUGCUAGGUGUUCUCUACGCCAUCAUCGGUCACCUCAUAAAGGACCUCAUCCAUGACUUUGCAGACUGGCUCUUGGGGGAGCAGCCUGAGGAGGUGGUGGUCAACUAUUGUGAGGCCAAAGACAAAUUUGUGGCCGACUGGUGUCCAGAAACCACGCCGGAGCUGCAGGAGAUGGCCCGAGCUGAGGAGAGCAGGAUGGCUGAGAAAGACUUUAUGAAGUCGCCUCCUAUCUGGAUCAUCUCUACGGAGCCUCGGGGCACUAGGACAGGGCCCCGUGUGGUCUUUGGGAAGAGGACUUAAAAAGAAUGUGCUCUCAGAGACUGGAUAUUUAAUUUUAAUGACAAUUACAAAGUCAUACAUGCUUCUGAUGCUGAUGCUUUGGUCAUAGGAGGACAUCUAGUGUUUCUCAUAGUCAGUACAGCUGGGAAAAAACCUUGCUAGGUCACUGCAUUGUGAGAAUCUGCAAAUAACAAUCACAAUGAUUCAGAUAUAAUUUAUUUGGUUGUUUAUACAAUGAAUGUCUGCUAUAAUGAAACCUUUAGCUAACUCAUUGGUAGGGUUCUUUUAGAGACAUUUUUAUGUUUAAGAGUGUAACAAACUACAAGUCCACAAGAGGAGGCCACCAACCUUGACUGUGACUUACUGGCCACGACAUUGUGUCAACAAAGUAAUGAGCUUCAAUCCUUCCUUCACUCUCUUGACUGCUGCAGGCCCCCUUUGGAAAUCAUAUCCUGUGAUUCCAUUCAUCAUUUACCACAAUGUUAACAAGAUUACUUGUUAAAAGUGAGCAUUUUAAUCCCAUUUUCUUUCACUGACUUCAAACAGUGCCAUAAUCUUAUUAACUUUUACUCACUCCUAACCCCCCUCACUCUCUCUCUCUCUCUCUCUCUUUCUCUCCAAACCCUGCAAUCAACACUGCCAUCAGUACAAAUUAUGUAAUCAGCAGCCUCUGUAACUUUAGACCAACAACAGCUGAGCAGCACAUUAUCAAACUGUAAUGUGACUAUCUGAACUAUAAAACGAUUUAAAUGAGGAGAAAACUUAGCAAAUUUAAAAGCAUAGUGAAAUGACAGAUCAAUCAACGAUAAACAGAUUGUGAUAUAUCACCUUUUUUGUUGUUUUUUGUUUGUUUGUUUGUUUGUUUUUUUGCUCAAAAAUACAUUGUCAUCUCCCUCUUGUGUCACAAUUAGUCAGUUAAUUCAAAACGAUAGGACACUGAGUAAUUGGAGCACAUGAUUAUUAUGAUUAUUGGCAUUUUUACAACCUCUGAUGACCACUUUAGCAAGCAGGAUACUUUUAUUGUUAGUCCAAGUGCUCUGAUAUCUACUGUAUAUCUAUAAAGCCAUUACACUCA